AUGCACGAGCAACGUGGAAAGGAUGUGCGGGGUACUACAGGCGGGAGCGGUCGGUAUUUGGGGCCAGAAACAGUGGGGCCCCGAAAGACACUUGCGGCAAGCGGGAGGAGAAAAAGGCCUGCUGUGGCGCUCAAAUACGAAGUCAUAUUGGCGAAAUACAACUCGACCUCACCCGAUAGCUAUUCUAUCCCUUCUUCGACGAGCUCUACCGUUGUGGGCGAUGAAUCGUAUGUGUUCUGGCUUGUCGGAAGGCUUGUCGACUUACAUAUCACUGAAUAUGCCUCCAGCUCCACACGCGACAAGUCAUCCUUAGACACUCUCCACGACCAGCACACGUCAUUAAUAAUUCAUAAGCCUCGGCCGCUCAAGCGGUCGUGUAAUGACCCAGAUUCUCUCCCUUCGCGGCUUUGCCAACCACCAAACAACGCUCCAACACACAUGCCGCUCACCACGCAUUACAUCUUCCCCCAUACUCCUUCCUCAUCCCUCCGCCUCUGGUUCGUCUCCUGUCCUCGCAGCAUCCACCAUAUCCACGACCUCUGUCCCGAAGGAGAAGGUCACGUGCCACUUGCCCAGGCCAAACACAUUCGAUAUAUCUUCGCAGCCAUGCUGUGUAUCACUACAGCGAGCACUUACGAAGCUGUACCACACUCGCCCCCUCCUAUUCAAUUCUUUUCCCUGCCGCAUCCGAGGCAGAAGGCCCUUGUUGGCGCCUUUUCGUCCAGACCAUCCGCCAGUGACAAUGAGGUCGUGUACGGGAGGAGACGCGGCAUUCGCGGGGCAAUGGAUGUCUGA